AUGCUACUGGGUGCAGGCACAGCACUUGGGGACCCAAUUGAACUUAGCGCUGCACUAGCAGUACUGCACUAUGGCAGCACACCUUUGCAACUGACUACUGCCAAGUCACGCAUUGGACACAGCGAGCCGGUUGCCGGAACUGUUGGAGUCACUCAUGCGGCCACUAUGAUUGCAUACAAUAGCAUUAGUGGUGUGAUGCACUUGCAAGUUUUCAAUCCUAUGCUGAGCACU